AUGCCGAUAGAACUAAUUCCUGUGAACCUUAAACCAAAGCAUAUGGGAGCUCCUCCCGCCAAAAAAUUAAAUUUUAACCCCAAUUUUCGAUUAGAUCAUUUCUACAAUUAUAAAACAGAAAGAAUAUGUCGGAUGCCUCCUUUUCGCUACAAAUUAGGAGGAAUGAAAAGUGUCUAUACUCCUUCUCCGGAUGCAUCAGUAUAUGAGAAAAGGGAUAAAUACUACUACAUACCACCAACUAAAGUUAGUAUGGUAGACAAAGGUCGAAUGAAAGAAGUGGAUGACUUCUACACAGUUUGUCAACUACAUCGUGAUCAGUAUAGAGAUGACACCGGUACCUUACAUGCUAUGAAAUACUUUGCUCCAUCCGAAUACGUUUAUCAGUGUCCUCCGGAUCCAACAACUCGUUAUCUGUCUUAUCCUGAAUACCACGUAAAAUAUAAGCAACCUUAUACUCUGCCAGUUACCAUGGAUAGAUCUUUUAAAUCUCCAUUACUGCCAGAUAGAGCACUAACGGGUGUUUUUAGCCCCUCUAGCGAUAUUGUAUGGUAUUAA